AUCCACAUCAUCACCAGCACUAUUUGCAUCACAGAUCUACUCAACAUGUCUCUGACACAAGCCCAGAUUGCCAUUGUCAAGGCCACCGUGCCAAUCCUCAAGGAACAUGGCAAAACCAUCACUACAACCUUCUACCGCAACAUGAUCCGCGAAAACCCCAGCCUCAAGAACUACUUCUCCCUGCGCGCCCAGCACACGGGAGAGCAGCCGGCCGCCCUCGCCAGGUCGGUCUUGGCCUACGCGCAGCACAUUGACGACCUGCCCCGGCUCCAGCACGCCGUGGAGCGCAUUGCCCAGAAGCACGUUUCGCUCUUCAUCGAGCCCGCGCAGUACGACAUCGUCGGCAAAUACCUGGUCGCCGCGUUCGGCGAGAUCCUCGGCCCCGCCCUGACCCCGGACAUCAAGGAGGCGUGGAUCGCCGCCUACGGCCAGCUUGCCGGCAUCUUCAUCAACCGCGAAAAGGUGCUGUACGAAGCCGCCGGCGACUGGCAGACCUGGCGCAAGUUCAAGAUCGCCAAGAAGGAGGCCGAGAACGAGCGUGUCACCAGCUACUACCUCGAGCCUGUCGACGGGAAGCGUCUUCCCACGUUCCUCCCUGGCCAGUAUGUCAGUGUCCAGCUCCCCAUUCCGGAGCUGGACGGCCUCCUGCAGAGCCGACAGUUCAGCCUGAGCGAGGCGCCCCAGGACGGUGCCAACCACUACCGCGUGAGCGUCAAGCUCGAAGACACCAUUGAGAAUGCGCCAGCUGAAGACAUCGCCUCGGGCAAGGUCUACGGCCUCAUCUCCAACAUGCUGUACAGACGGUACAACGUCGGCGACGUCGUCGAGCUCAGCCCGCCCGCCGGCGAGUUCUUCGUCGACCCGGCCAACACGGAGGCCGCCACCAAGCCGCUGGUCCUCCUCUCGGCCGGCGUCGGCGCCACUCCGCUCGUCUCCAUCCAGGACGCCGUGCUCAAGUCGGCGACGGGCUCGCGGCCCAUUACGUGGAUCCACGGCGCCCAGCACUCGGGCUCGUCGUGCUUUGCGCCGCACGUCCGGGAGACGGCCGCGCAACACAGCAACGUCCGCGCCAAGAUCUUCCUGUCGCAACUCCGCGACGGCGACGUUGCCGGCAAGGACUACGACUUUACCGGCCGCAUCAACCUGGAGACGCUCGAGAAGGAGGACCUGCUGCACCUCGGCGACAGCACCGCCGAGUACUACGUGUGCGGGCCCGAGGACUGGAUGGUCGAUGUGCGGGCGUGGCUCGAGGGCCGCGGCGUUCCCUGGGAUCGCCAGCACCUGGAGCUGUUCAAGACUGGCGAUGUUUAGAGGGAGAGGACUAUAGGCGAAAAGCGGAUGUUUGCGCUUGUGUAUAUUACCCUGCGGGCCGUUGAUGGCUGUUUGCAUUGGGGGCGUUUGGCAUCAUCGGAAUUGCUUGAGCUAUGAAUGCAUGCGAGCAUAGAAUCAAGCGGACUAUCUUAGAUACCACCCUGCUCCAAUAGAGAGUUCUUUAUGAUUGA